AUGGAUGAUCAUAAUGAAUUUCAAAUGACGACAUCUAAUUCGACAGAAUUUACAGAAACUGUCGGAUUUUCGGGAUAUUCUGACUUCCAUACCAUAGAUUGGCAAAAAGAUCUAGCUAGAGAUCGUAUGCGACAUCGGUACAUAAUAAAAAGAAGACAAAAUUCAUUGUGGGAAUUAAUUAAGGGAGCUCAUGAUGCACUUUCAGGCUGGCUUUGUGUAUUGCUUGUAGGUUUAGUGACGGGAUGUGUAGCAGGCGUGAUUGAUAUUGGUGCAAGUUGGAUGACUGAUUUAAAACAUGGAAUAUGUCCACAAGCAUUCUGGCUUAAUCGAGAACAAUGUUGUUGGUCAUCAAAUGAGACGACAUUCGAUGCUGGUAAUUGCUCACAAUGGGUGACAUGGUCAGAAAUAAUUGUAAGCGCUAAAGAUGGAUUUGGUGCUUAUAUAGUCAUGUACUUUUUCUACAUAUUUUGGGCGUUGCUCUUCUCAUCAUUAGCUGCUCUCUUAGUUAAAAACUUUGCACCAUAUGCAUGCGGCAGUGGUAUUCCUGAAAUUAAAACAAUCUUAUCUGGAUUCAUUAUUCGUGGAUAUUUAGGAAAGUGGACAUUAAUAAUUAAAUCUGUUGGUAUUAUACUUUCCGUAUCAGCUGGAUUGAGUUUAGGAAAGGAAGGUCCAAUGGUUCAUAUUGCAAGCUGUAUUGGAAAUAUUUUAUCAUAUCUAUUCCCAAAAUAUGGUCGAAAUGAGGCAAAAAAGCGUGAAAUCUUAUCAGCAGCAGCUGCGGCAGGCGUUUCUGUUGCUUUUGGAGCUCCAAUUGGUGGUGUUUUAUUCAGUUUAGAGGAAGUCUCAUAUUACUUUCCACUCAAAACACUUUGGAGAUCAUUCUUUUGUGCAUUGAUUGCUGCUUUCAUCCUUCGUUCCAUAAAUCCAUUUGGAAAUGAACAUUCCGUCUUAUUUUUUGUUGAAUACAGCAAACCUUGGAUCUUUGUCGAGUUAUUGCCAUUCAUUUUCCUUGGAGUCAUGGGAGGAUGUAUUGGAACGCUCUUUAUAAAAGCAAACAUUUAUUGGUGCAAGUUCCGUAAAUGCAGCAAAUUGGGUCAAUAUCCAGUCGCUGAAGUCAUAAUUGUUACUUUAAUAACAGCAGUAAUAGCAUUCCCAAAUCCAUAUACAAGAAUGAACACAAGCGAACUUAUAUACUUGCUAUUCAGUCAAUGUGGAAUAUCAAGUGGUGAUCCAAUUUGUGAUUAUAAGAGAAAUUUUACAAAUGUGAAUCAAGCAAUUGAAAUCGCAGCUGCUGGUCCAGGAGUAUAUCAUGCAAUAUGGCUUUUAAUAUUAGCAAUGAUAGUUAAACUUAUCAUGACAAUUUUUACGUUUGGAAUUAAAGUUCCUUGUGGUCUCUUCAUUCCAUCGCUGUGUCUUGGUGCAAUUAUGGGACGUAUUGUUGGUAUUGGCAUGGAACAGCUUGCUUAUAAUUAUUCCAAGAAUUGGAUAUUUUCCGGUGAAUGUACCCAAGGUGAUGAUUGUAUUCAGCCUGGAUUGUACGCAAUGGUUGGUGCUGCAGCUGUUUUAGGUGGUGUUACUCGAAUGACUGUGUCAUUAGUUGUAAUUAUGUUUGAACUUACUGGUGGUGUGAGAUAUAUUGUUCCUUUAAUGGCAGCUGCGAUGGCGUCGAAAUGGGUCGGAGAUGCUCUUGGUAGACAGGGUAUCUAUGAUGCUCAUAUAGCCUUGAAUGGCUAUCCGUUUUUGGAUAGCAAGGACGAAUUCCAGCAUACUACGUUAGCGGGUGAUGUUAUGCAACCAAAACGUAAUGAGGGACUUGCUGUUAUUACACAAGAUUCUUUGACUAUUGAUGAUAUUGAAGUAUUAUUAAAAGAAACAGAGCACAAUGGAUAUCCUGUCGUCGUAUCACGUGAAAAUCAAUAUUUGGUUGGAUUUGUUCUUAGAAAAGAUUUAAAUUUGGCAUUAGCAAAUGCUAAGAGGAAUUUCGAUGGCAUAUCUGGUCAAUCCUUAGUGAUAUUUACUAAUACCAGCAUAGUCCAGAAUCUCGGCCCAGCGCCUCUUAAAUUAAAGAAGAUUUUAGACUUGUCACCCAUAACAGUCACCGAUCAAACGCCAAUGGAAACUGUGGUGGAUAUGUUUAGAAAAUUAGGUUUACGUCAAAUUUUAGUCACACAUAAUGGUCGACUGCUAGGCGUAAUAACAAAGAAGGACGUAUUGAGGCACGUAAAGCAAAUGGAUAAUGAAGAUCCAAGUACGAUAUUAUUCAAUUAA